ACGUUUGGAUUUCAACGAUGCCUUAGAUUAUGAGAGUCUGAAUCUGCACUGAGUUUGCCUGGAAAAAUGGACAGAAUUCAAGUUUAUGCAAGCUCUGACAGCGAAAGUGAUCAUGAAGGGUUUCAUGAAAGACCCUUGAAAAAGAGGAUGUUCCACCAACCUAGAGUGAAAAUUGCCCUUCAAGCCUCGGCUGAAAAUAAACAGUUUCAGUUUCAUUCAUCUGCCGAAAGACCAGCUGUGGAACCUCUAUCAAGAGGAUAUGGGACUUUCCUGCAUAUCAACAACCCAUCAAGGGAUGAGUCACCUCACAGUAGCAUUUAUGGUUCAACAAGAAAGGAGAAGCAGAGGUCACACAAUCAUGUACGGCAUAGCCAGACCAAUGGAUUAAAAGGUAGACAUGUGAAAGACCAUAGGCAAGAACCCCCACCUCUGAAUCACCAGUAUGACAGCAGAAGUCGUGAGAUGACCUUUGACAUUUUGCACCAAAGGACGCAAGAAUGUCGGCAGAAUUCAGAGAGAAAUCAAGAUCCUUCACCCAUGAAUCAGCAGGAUAACCGUCUUGACAGAGGAUUUCAUAAACAAGAACAAACUCUAAAAAGACACUGUCAGGGAUCAGGACUGACACCUUACGUUCCAAAGAGGUUGAGGAAGUCCAAUAGUAGUAGCCUAGAUGAGGAUCAGAGACAUGGUACUUGGUCAAAGAAAUACAACCCUGAUAUUUUUUCACCUGAUCCUGUAAUUGAAUCCAAUAUUGAACAACCUACAUCUUGCUCAAAGCCACCCAAACGCCUUUUUUGCAAUUUUGUUCUCCACGAAGGACCCGUUACCCAUGUUGAAUGGAAUAUUCCACAGUUCAGCCAUCUGUUGCUGUCUAGUUCCAUGGAUAAGACUGUUAGGAUAUGGAACUAUUCUACUCAAAAGAGGUGUGUUCAGACUCUGAGUUGCCAUGAAGGGGCAGUGAAGGAUGCACAAUGGAAUGCAGAUGGUCAGCUGAUUCUUAGUUGUGGGUUUGACAAGACUGCUCGCCUCUCCGAUGCCCGCAGUGGAACAAAUUUCCAGGUUUUUGACCAUUCAUCGUAUGUGACGUGCAUCAAAUGGCAUCCCACCGACCCACAUAUGUUCAUAAGUGGCUCAUAUGGCUCUACUAUGUACUGCUGGGAUACAAGAACAGGCUCUAUUGUUCAUCAAUAUGCAGGCAAACUUGGUCAGAUAUUGGCAGUGGAAUUCAUCAACAAUGGUACUGAGUUUGUUGCUACGUGUGACACUGUCAGUCGAGAUUCUACCGAUCGAACCAUCAUGGUCUGGGAUACAAAGACAGCCGCUCUACUUUCAAAUCAACUCUACCAUGAGAAGUACACCUGCUGCAGCUUGAAGUCUCAUCCUACAGGUGAUGUUUUCAUGGCUCAGUCCAAUGCCAACUACAUUGCUCUCUUCUCUACCAGUAGGCCUUACCGACUCAACAAAUACCAACGCUUUGAAGGGCAUCAGGUUGAGGGAUACAGGAUCGGUUGCGACUGUUCCCCCGAUGGCAGUUUUGUGGCCAGUGGCAGUUCUGAUGGAAAGGUACAUAUCUACAGCUACAGCAGCACCAAGCUGACAAAGACCCUUGGAGGUGGUCAGCAGGAGGGCGCCUGUACUGAUGUGGCAUGGCAUCCUGUCGUGCCUGGUGUCCUAGCCAGCUGCAGCUGGGAUGGCAAAAUCAACGUCUGGACCUGAGAGGACAGACCCAUCUUCAAGAUGCAACUGGCUGCACAUUUGUUGCUGAGCUGAUGAAGACGUCCUGCAGUAUUUACCUGCAGAAGCCAUCCUAAAUACAGAGUGGCUGCCGAUGUCACAAGAAAGGAUCAUCACCCGAGUGUGAACAACUGGCCUAUUUAGCAACUCUCCUGGAUGUGCCGUUCACACGGGUCAUCUUUGGACUGCAUGUGUUCCAUACAAUGCUGCACUGAGGAAGAUCUUCUGCAGAAGCCAUUGAAGAAACAAAAUGGUUACUUACAGUAUCUCACAGGAAAGAAUCAUAACCUGAGUGUGGAUGGAGGACCAUUUUACUUCUUCCUUCUUUAAUCUAAGAAAAUCUUCAACAAAAUCAUUUUCUUCGUUCAUUCUAAAUGUACAGUAAAUAAUGAUAUCAUCUCAUGAUUAAAAAAAAUUAUAAUUGGAUUCACAUUGCGCCUUUUCCAGAGGAUACAGAUUGCUGUUUAAGGCAUAUAGAUAGUUAGGAUUUAUUUUACAGAUCUUUUUUUUUCCAAACUUUUUUUAACAAGUCAAGUGAGGUAAUGUUUUGUAAAGUUGGACAGGGUUUGUUCCACAUACUUCGAGCAACAUAAAUAUUUGAUUACAAGAAACAAUCCCUACAUUACCUUUACAUGCAUAGAUAGUCCCUUUGUGAGACAACUUAUACUACUAAAUAAUGAAAGU